AUGAGGCUGUGGUCAGGCACCCUCAGUGCUCUCUCCCAGGUCAGGAGCAGCCAUCGCACCGUAGUCCCAGGACCAGGGCAAGCGCUGUGUGGACAGACCAGGAUGGAGGUGGAGGGUGCUCUCAUCCCCUCGUGGAGUCCACCAGCGCUCUGCGGCAGACCUGAGAGGGACCACCUCGCACGCGAGCUGGGCGGCUGGCAUGCAGCCGGCUCUACUCAGCUGUCCUGGCAUGCAGAUGGGCCUCAGACGCCAGGAGAUGUACAAUCUGAGACUCCGAGACCCACCAGCUACACGGGGCAGGACUCAGAGCCAAGUCCCACCCAGAGAGAUGUGCCUUCAGUGGCCCAGCACUUAGGGUCAGGGGUCAUCCAGAAUGAAGAAAGGAAGAGGUAUGCUAAGUGCUGCCAAGGACCCCUGUGGUCUUAUUCACAACAGGCAAGUCCAGAGCCCAGGGGACAGCUGAGCUGCCACGUCCAUGGGGGCAUUGGCCAGCUCUGGCCACCUGCACCUCUUCCUCUUUUGAGCCUUGCUCAGCGAGGAGACCUUUCAGUGCUCCGCUGUCCAGGCCCUCAGAAGGCCCUUCUGCCUGUAAGGAAGCAGCCGUGCUUGGCCCAGGACUCACUGUCUCCUGGUCGGAGGCCAUUGCCCGGCACUGGAGUCUCCAAACUCCCUGGACUUUUCUCUGUCCUGUCUCUGGCUCCUGGGCCAGCAGUUUCUCGUUGGAACUCAGAAAGAUCCAGAAAUCUGGACAAGGGGCAAGCCUCUGGGGUCCAAGGCUUCCAGCCCCAGGAGGCCCAAGUGGAAGGGUACUAGUUGCUUGGUCUCCACUCCACGUGGAAACAGAGGUACCUAGAGCCCUGGAUUUGAGGUAAGCCUGGGGCUGAAAGAAUGGGCUUCCAUUUCAGGGCCACCUGACUUGCUCUGGUCCCUGCUCUGUACCCUGUGAUGACCAAGAGGGCUCUGUGGGUGGGUAAGGUUGGAUAUGAGAGCCACCCCCAGCUCAGAAGAGUGUGGCCCAACUGUGAGAAUAUGGUCCUGGGGCUCUGCCAGGGCUCUCCCUCUCCUUAGCACUAUGUGGCUCUUGGGCAAGUUACCUACCAGAGACAUCAGCGACUCCAUCUCUGUCCUGGAAGUGAGGAGGGAUUAAAGGAGAAACAGGUGAAUGGCGCAUGGUACUAGGCCCUGGGAGUGUCUGUCGAUGACCUUUGCCCUGGAAAAGACCCAGGGGUCAGCAGCUUCUGACCGUAGCUGUUUCACGGUCAGAUUGGCUAAAGCUGUGUACUGGGGGCUGUUUCUUUAGGUGUGGGGAGCCAGUCCUGAUCCACUAGGGGGCCUCCUGCUGUCCUGUGUGGAGAAGUGAGGCAGGGAAGUGGAAUGGGUGUGAACACAGGUCAUCCAGAGGUAGGAGAAAAUCAGGAGAGCCACUGGCCUCGAGGGCAGUGAGAUUGCAUGCAUAGGGAGUUAGACCCCAGGGAGCCUGCAGCAUGGACAGCUGCCCCCAGCUGGUGCACCAGCAGUCCAGGAGACCGUGACUUCUCAGGUGGGUACCCACCAGCUGGAUCAGGGCCCUGUGUUUAGUCUGUAGAGGGGUGGGGAGAAAGCUUCUCCCUGUUUAGUGGGCCUGCUCUAGGGCUGGCUACUCUGAAAUCAGAGGCAGGUGUGGCUCCUCCCCAGUCCAGCUCUGUUCUGCAGCUCUGGCCUCUACUGGAGUGGGCACUGGACAGUCUCAUUCCUGAACGCUUAGACCCACAUUGUACUGAACACAAGCCAAGACACCCCCAGCAUCCCAUAGCUUCUUGUCCAGUCCAUGUAGAUGCCUGCAAUAAAGGCUCAGGGGCCUAUGCUUGUCCACUGCAGCCCUGUGAGGCUAGAAGUCGGGAAGGAGGCAGGCAUGUGCUUCAGAUUAUUCCAGCUGCCUGUUGACACCUUAGCCCUCAGCUGUGGGGGGGGGGUGCAGUCUGCCUGGAUGGCCAUUUCUACCAUUCCCGGCCCCCUACAGCCAGAGGUUACCCUUCUACCACCCUUAGGAAAGCAGCUAGUCCCCUCUGCCUGUGCCCCUCUGUUGCAGACAUCUGAUCUGGUUGAGCUGGCUCUGCCACACCCAGGCCAGAGCUCCCACAGACCUGGCAGGCUGCAGAGGUACAGCAGAGUCAGUCAGAGAAUGGCUGGGAGCCCAGUGCAGGGUGCCUUUACCACACUGGAGUCUGAAUUUCUUUCUUUCCUUCCCCUUCCUCCUUCUGUAGUGCUCAGGAUUAAACCCAAAGCCUCGUGCAGGCUAGCACACUAACCACUGAGCUCUAGCCUCAGCCUUUCUUGUUUAUUUUUUAUUUUUGCAUGUGUGUGGGGGUGUCUCACAUAGCCUUGAACUUGCUGUGUAGCUGACGAUGACCUGAUCAUCCUGAUCCUCCCAAGGCUGCGACUGAAGGUCUGAGCCACCGCACCCAGCUUAGACAGUCAUGGAAAUCAAGCUUCUGGUUUUCUACCCACUAGGCAAUCAUUCUCUGCCAGCUGAACUGUACAUCUAACCUCCUUUUGGUAUUUUUUAUUUUGAAGCUGGGCCUCCCUUAAUUGCCCAGGCUGGCCUGAACUUGGGGUUCUCCUCCUCUGUUUCCUGAACAGCUGGAGUUACAGACCUGUGCCUCCAGGCCCUCCUCAAGUCCGGGUUUUGACCAGCCACCUUCCUUGUCUGUCACCUAGGCCCCAGUUGGCUUUCAAAAUGGACAGUCCUGCGUUCGAAUCCAAGUUCUACUUAUUUUAAUUUGUUUAAACAUAUUUUAUGUGUAUGGCUCCUUUGUCUGCAAGAAUAUCUGUGGAUGACAUGAGUGCCUGUUGCCUACAGAGGCCAGAAAAGGGAGGGUCUCAGCUCCCCUGGGAAUGGAAUUACAGAUGG